CGCGGCUGACGGGUGGCUUUUUUUUUUCUCCCCCCCUCUUCUCUCUUCUUUUUCAUCUUACAUUCCAUCAUAUCUCGGCCAACACCCGUAACAACGCACACCCCCCAUCCAUAGCGCGCCCCUCCCUGCCUUCGAAGCCACCAAGACAGCCGAUCAGUCAGCCACCAAGACAGCCGAUCAGUCAUCGGUUGAGUAGCCUCGGUACCUAACGGCGCCGUCGACAAGGCGUCCGCCCGUCGACAGACAUGAUGAUAGUGGUGCCGCGGCGGCGCUUUCUGGUGCUGUGGGCGCUGGGCUCGUUUGUAUUCAUCACGCUCUACCUUAGCAGCGACUGGCUGCGGAGCGUGUGGCACGGGAAGGUCUGGCCCGUCGUUCACGAGCCGGGACUGUGGAUCAUGGGCUUCACACGGUACAACUUCAAGCCGACGCCGGGCGAGGCCAAGUGCUUCGAUGGCACCGUCGAGCGCGUAAACGCGCCGGGCGUUACGGCAGACAUACCGAAGGUGGUGCACUUUGUGUGGGGCCCCAAGGGUGAGGGCUCCUUCAACCUGCUGCUCUACAUCGCAAUCCGCGCCGCCCUGGCGACGCUGGAGCCCAAAGAGGUGCGCGUGCACUACACCAACAUCGACCGCGACAACGAGUGGUUCAAGCUGCUCGAGCCCAACAUCACGCUCGUCCACCACGACCCCAAGUCCUAUCUGGGGCCCUUUCUCGACCUCGACCCGGAGUCGUGGGACAUGGCGCACAUGGCAGACGUGCUGCGGCUGACGGUGCUGCUGGAGGAGGGCGGGAUAUACCUGGACGCCGACGCCUUCGUGCUGCGGCCGUUCGACACGCUGCUCAAGGGCGCGCGCGACGUGGUUAUGGGCCACGAGGGCGGCGUGCGCAUGGGGCUGACCAACGCCGUGAUCAUGUCCAAGGCGGGCGCGCCCUUCAUCAAGCGCUGGCUCGGCAUGUACACGUCGUUCGACAAGACGCUGUGGAACGAGCACUCGGUCAAGCUGCCGCGGCGGCUCGAGGACCAGUACCCGGACGAGCUGUGCACGCUGUCGCCGAGCGCCUUCUACUGGCCCAUGUGGACCGAGGGCUCGGUCGACUGGAUGCACGAGCCGCUUAGCGACAAGGAGGCGGCCGAGGUGGACGAGACGAUGCGCAAGAACGACGGCGCCCUGUUUGGCGACCAGCUGGUCCUGCACGCCUGGAGCCACCCAGCCCGCCGCUACACGCACAGGCUGACGCCCGAUAUAAUGCGCCGGGAGAACACGAGGUUCAACAUGGUUCUGAGGAGAUUCCUCUAGAUAAUGUCUUUUUGUGUAUAUUUUCUUUUUUCUGGUUAAUGCUGUUGCUGCCGGCGUCGAGGGGCAGAUGGGGAGAUUUACCGAUACGAUGUAAUGAAACAGACAUGUAUGGCGCGCCGGCGUUUGUGUGGUCUUCCUCCUCUGGCUCGCAGAGAGCGGCUCUUGAUCCAACGUUCUGGAUAUGCAGAUAUUGGAUACUUAAUGUAGUUGAAUAUACGAAUGCACACCUACCUACCUUUGUGGCA